UGGGGAAGAAAUGUUGAGGGAAAUAGUUACGAGAUACAUCACAAGUGGGAUAAGGUGUAAUACCAAAAGCAUUAGGAAAAAAAUCUUCGAGCAGUAUAAAGUUAAAAUCUCUAAGCAAAAGCACGCAAAGCACUCCAUGACUGCCUUGUACAGACGUAUGGAUCUUAUAUAAACAGCUUCAGUUUAGUACAUGAGAUGUGCCCACAGAUUGUUGAAACGAACCCUGGAACCAUUGCUAGUUGGACCAUCCACCCAGAGACUAAAGAGUUUGAAGGCUUAUGCAUUGCGUAUAGGGAAUCCAUUGAUGGGUUUAAUGAUGGAUGCAGACCAAUUAUAGCAUUAGCCUGGUCCCUGCUAAACAGUAUGUAUGGUGGAACAGUUUUGUCUGCUACCUCUGUGAAUGGUAACAAUGACAUGUAUCCUAUUGCCAUUUACAUCUGCAGGGAGGGAAGAACGAAAGAAUGGGACAAAUUUCUGUCUAUCAUCACUCCGCUCAUGAAGAACACCAAAAGGGCAAUUACAUUUUUUCACGACUUCUCAAAUGGCAUCGAUAUUGCUGUUGACCAGAACUUCCAGGAUGUUAAACAUUUUCAUAGACUAUGUGCUCGUAAGUUUUAUCAGGAUAUCCGUAUUGGGUUUGAUGAACCAGAAUCUCAGAAAAAAGCAUUAUAUGCAGCAAAGUCUUAUAACCUUGUUGACCACCAAAGGAAUCUAGUAAAAUUGCCAGAGCUUCAAAGGCGUUGGGUUGAAGUGUGUGGGCAAUCAAGUUGUGCUAGGCACUCGUAUGACCCUUCUGCUCGUUGUCCGCAAAUGGUAAACAUCUUCAGCAAGGCGUUUGAUCUGUGGAUAACUGAGCUCAAGUGUUUGCCCAUAUGCCAGUUCGUAAUGGGUUUUGAAGCUAAGCUUAUUCAGCUGUUUUUGACAAGGCGAAGGAAUGGAAGACUGUGGAAGGAUGAACGUAUCUUUCCGAGAGCAAGUGCAAAAUUAGGGGAUCAAAUCCUUCGUAAAGACUUGUAUCAUGCAUCAUUACGUCCAAUUUGGCGGCGCAGCGACCACAACACUUUGGUGACGAAUAUAUGCAACAGGACAAGUAGGAUUAUUCAUUUGAUACUGAAAACGUGUGAAUGCGGCAAAUGGCAGAUAUCAUGUGUACCUUGUGUGCAUGCUGUGGCAGUUAUUGCUCAACAUGAUCAACAUAGACCAGGACCACCACCCUAUGAAAAAUAUGUUCAUGACUAUUUCACUUGCGGGAUGUACAUGGCAUCGUAUGCUGACAUUAUUCACCAAUCGCCCGGCAUUACCGAAUCGCUGCAGGUACCCGAUAUCAACCCACCACCAUUAAAGAAGAUUAGGCGGCUUUCCUAGGACAAAGGCCACACUGAUAAGGAAAAAAGUUGAAGAUGAGGCGACCGACAGAGAACCACUCGUCAAUCUUGAUGCCACACUGUUAAACCUUUUCUUUUGGGUAUUUAUUUUUGGAUUUGGUGAUUUAAAA